UAAACAUUUAGUAGAUAAAAGAUGAUCAUAUUUUUAAUUAAUUUAUAAAUUUGCAAUAUUUAGUAAUCGUUUUCUAGUUAAUUUGUUAAAAAUUAUGUAAAAUUACAAAAAUGGAAAAAAAUUUACAACCGUACAAUAGAAUAAGCUCAAAAUCCAAUAAAAUACCCCCAGAAGUUCCUUCCAGUGGAUAUGUUACUUAUCGAACAAAAGAUGAACCACCUAUUUUUGCGAAACAAAAAUUGCAGUUGAAUUUACUAGAAGAUAUUACUCACCUUGCUGUAUCAGAUUCUUGGUUGUUUUGCUUAUUUUCUCACCAUGUUCUGCUCAGACUUUUGCUUUCAGAUACUGAUCAGCAAAGCGAGGUGUUGCUGGAACAAUAUGUAGGUGGAUACAAUGUAGCAAAUUUAUUUCUUGACCCGCUUGGGUACCAUCUUAUUAUUAUAUUGACACCCAAAACUGUCGGUCUCCAACCAGAAUUACUUUAUUUACAUACAAAAAUGGAUAAACCAAAGAGAAUUGAUAAAUUCCGUGGUCAUGAAAUAACAGCAGUAGCGUUUAAUCACAAUGAGUCAAAUAAUUUUUCAACUGGUCCUAUUUUGCUUGGAACUAGCAAAGGCUUGAUUCUUGAAACGGAGUUUGGUUUGGAUGGAGAAAAACCGUAUUACAGCAAUUGGAAACAGCUGCCUAAUUAUAUUACUUUGUAUGGUACAAGAGAAAUUGAGGGACUGGUUUUUGAAAUAAAUCGAGAUCCGCCAAUGCCAAUUACUGGUUUACAAUUUUACAAAGUUCCCAAUACUUCCCGAUACAUCGUUGUGGUUUCAACUACUGAUAGCGUUUAUAAAUUUCAAGAAACUUUGAAAUCAGAUGAGAAAUUGGUGUUGCAAAACAUAUUUACUCAAUAUAUGAACAUUCCGGAAGAUCUUCUUAAAUUUAGAGGAAUCCAUACGAAAGUUUCUGUUUUAAGUUUUAAUUGCAGCACUAAAACUAAAUAUCCAGAACAUUUUGCUUGGUUAACGGAGGAAGGGAUUUUUUAUGAAGGGGUGGACGCUGAGGCUGCAACUCCAGAUUUUAUUAAAAAUGAAGAAAUUAUUCCGCUUCCUGAAAAUAUUAAAAAUAUGCCGUACAGCUCUAGUGUGCCCGAUAAUAAAAAUAAUAUUAAAAAUGUACCAAAAGCUAUGAUUUUAACCGACUUUCAUAUAUUGUUAAUGUAUUCAGAUCAUAUCACAGCCCUUUGUAGCUUAAAUCAAGAAAUAGUAUAUGAGGAAAAUUUUGCUGAAAAAUUUGGUGUCUUAUUAAAUAUUAUUAAAGACUUCAAUACUGGAAAAAUAUAUUGUUAUACUUCUAAAGCAAUAUUUCGUUUUAAAAUAACAAAUGAGCAACGUGAUAUAUGGAAAAUUUAUCUGGCUAAAAAUGAUUUAACUUUAGCUGAAUACUAUGCGAAGAAUAACGUUGCACAUCUAGAUAAAGUUUUGCGCCAGAAAGCUGAAAACACAUUUUUAGAAAAAAAUUAUAUUGAAAGUGCAAAUAUAUUUUCGGAAACGAAAAUCAGUUUUGAAAAAGUUUGCUUGAAAUUUUUGCAAUUAGAAGAUAAAAAGCCUCUAAUGAUAUAUCUUUACAAUAGGUUAAAUAAACUAGAUCAUAAAGACAAAACACAAAUAACAAUGUUAACAAUAUGGCUAAUUGAAUUGCAUUUGGAUAGGAUUUCCAAAGCAAAAACAGGGAAAACAGAAGAACAGGAUUCAUUUAACUUGUUUAUGUCAAAUGAAAGGGUUCAAGAAUGUUGUCGUACUAAUUAUACCGUUAUUUAUAGUUUAAUUGAAUCGCAUGGAGAUAAAUUAAACUUAACGAAUUUGACUAUAGCAAACAAAGACUAUGAAUCGGUUGUAACACAGUAUAUAAACGAUGGAAACCUAUUGAAAGCUUUAGAAACAAUCAAAGCUGAGAGAAACCCUGAGUUAUUCUAUAAAUAUUGCCCUAUUUUAAUAGAAACUUAUCCACAGAAAACGAUACAAGCCAUAAUUGAACAAGAAAACCUAAAUCCGGAAAAAUUAAUUCCAACUCUUAUAUGUACUAAAACUGAUGAACAUAUAUCACAAAUAAUUAGAUAUUUAGAAUAUGCAGUUUAUGAAGGUGUACCCAAUGUGUCUAUUCACAAUUAUUUAAUUAAACUAUUAGCAAUGAAAGAUCAAGAAAAGUUACUUUAUUAUUUAAAUACACAAGGUAGAGACUUGUCAUCAAUUCAUUACGAUGAAAACUAUGCGUUAAGAGUUUGUGAAGAACAUAAUGCUAAAGAAGCAAGUGUAUUUCUUCAAUGUCUUUUACAAUUAUGGGAAUCAGCUGUUGAAUUAGCAUUGACUUUCGAUAUCAAAUUAGCUAAAAAUACCGCAUCACAACCAAAUGAUCCAGAAUUGAAGAAAAAAUUGUGGUUGAGAAUAGCUGAACAUGAAGUUAAAAGAAACGUUAAUGUAAAAGAAGCGCUAAAGUUGCUUAAGGAAUGUGAUCUUUUAAAAAUAGAAGAUAUAUUGCCAUUUUUUAACGAUUUUACGAAAAUCGAUGAUUUUAAAACGGCUAUUUGUAAUGCUUUAAAAGAAUAUAAUUUAAGAAUUCAAGAGUUACAGCAUGACAUGGAUGAAGCUGGAAAAGCUGCAGAACGUGUUAGUGGAGAAUUGCAAAGUUUACGUAACCAAUCCGUGAUAGUAUCUGUAAAGGACCAAUGUGAAAUUUGUGAAAUAUUAAUUUUAAUGAGACCAUUUUAUUUAUUUCCGUGUGGACAUAAAUUUCAUUCAGAUUGUUUAGAAAAGCAAAUAAUACCAUAUUUAAAUCCAGAAGAAAAUCGUAAAUUAAGUUUAUUAAAAUCUCAAUUAGAAAACUUAUCGACAACAGUAAUUUUAACAAAUCAACCAACUGGGAAUUCUGAUUCACAAUAUAAUCAGCAAAUACAAAAUAAUUCACGUGAAAAAAUUAAAAUGCAAAUAGAAGAUAUUUUAGCCGCAGAUUGUUUAUUUUGUGGAGUUAUGAUUGAUUUUAUUGGGAAACCUUUCAUUGAAGAUGAUGACUGGGAUCGAGUUAACAUUGAUUGGCAAUAAAUUUUCUUCCUUAAAGUGAUCCAUAACGUUCUUCAAAGUUACAUUUUUCUUUCAUAAAAAUAUUUCAUAUGCCAAAUACUCCAAUUAAAUAACUAAACAUCGCUAAUUGAAAAAAAGUUUUUGACUUACUGGUUUUAAAUUUUGCUUUAAAUAAUUUUUGUAAUUUAUGAAAAACUCUAUCAAUUGUUAAAAUUUAUAAAAUAAUUAUUAAUUUAGGUGAAAAAUUAAAAAUAAUUGAUGCGCAAUCUCUGAUUGUAUAUAAGAUUGAUGUUUUUGUAUUUUAAAAUUAAGUACAUUUAACUAAUUUUUUUAUUAAUUUUUGUUUAUAUGUAUCGAAAUCAUGUGCAUAGAGAAAUUUUCAUGAAAAAUUUAAUAUAAAGUAGGUAUAUAAA